ACCAAUCGAGGGGCGACAAUACUGCCAGGAAUUAUCUGAUCGAGGAGACGGAGGUUUCGAGACAACCCAACCUGUUUGGUGCCAUCGGAGACAAGGCAUCGAAUCGCAUAAGGAAUCAAAAGCCAAAGCUAGUAGCAACAGACACGUUCGCAAUCGAAACCAGAGCCACAGCCAGAGCAAGCAAUCGACAAACAUGGGAAACGAGGGGUCGCUGCCGGCGGGCGAGAACCCGGAGGGGUUCGACUUUGACGGGAGGUCGCCCCCGUCCGCGGUCCGGCCCGGUGGCCAGCCCUACGGCGUCGGAAGCAACGACCCCCGCUCCGUGAACGGGAACGCUGGGCGCCUGAAGGGGAGCGUCUUUACCCGCCGGAGCAACGCCCACAACCAGAACUCGAGCGGGAUCGAGCGGGCCCCGGCGGCCUCCCAGUACACGAUCUCGUCGGCGGCCUCGGACACGUCGGUCUCGUCGUACCACACCACCUCGAACGGCGGCAUGCACGGAGACGAGCUGGCCUAUGUGAACCACCCACAAGCGCAACCGCAGCAGCUGCACUCCUAUCCCGGUCGUGCGCAAAACCCCUAUCAGCAGCAGCAACAGCAGCCGCCGCCAUCGAUCUACGCACCACAGGAGCACCACCAACACCCGCAAUACCAACAGCACUACUCGCAAUCGCUACCGAACCAUCCACAGACACACCACACCAAUUAUGCGCAACAGCAAAUUCACGGAAGCACCAACACCACCAACAACAACACGACAAAGAAACCCCGGCCCGGGCAGCGCGCAGGCGCGGCAAUCAUGAACAGCAUGAGGAACCUAAACCUGGGUUCCGCGAUGCACCGGAUCGGUGGUGUGGGUGGAAUCGGCAAGAGCCCGGCUGCCAGYCCCACCCGGGGUGGAACCAGCAGACGACAGUCCCACCAGCGGCGGCAGCARCAGCAGCAACAGCAACAACAACACGAACAACACCAGGUAAACGAAUGGGAGGCCAGGUGGGACGACGAUUCGGACGACGACGACGACGAUGGCAACGACAGCAGCCAUUCUUCKCCCCGCUCGCAGCAACUGCAACAGCAGCAACCACAACAAACCCAGGCAAGCAUCCUUCCCCCCAAAAUGGAUUCCGGCUACACGAGUGCUUCCGUUUCUAGCCCGGAUGCGAGGGCCGGUGCGCAGCCACAGCAACCGCAGACGCCGCCGCCCCCGAUGGGCCAGCACCCGGCGUACCCGGCCACGGCCUCCGCCGCGAUGGCGACCACGGCCGGCGAUCGGCGGCUCGUGACCGACGACGAAGACGACGGGGUCGAGUGGGACACCGGGKYCUCGGGAGGGAAACCYKCGGCGCAAGACGCGAGCGCAAACGCAACCGACGACGACGAGAAAACGCCCAACGUGAAGCAGUUUCUGCCGCUGCUGCGGGUUCUGGGAAAGGGAUCUUUUGGAAAGGUACGUGUCGGCUCGCAGUCGCUGUAUUUGGAUCGGAUCGGAUCGGGUCGGGUUGGGUUGGGUUGGGUUGGGUUGGGUUGCACGUGCCGGGCUCGGUGUUUUCCAUUUGGCGGUUCCGUGUCUUGGGUCGGAACCCGUCGAACCAAGCUAGUGUGUUGCGUUGUUGUGUUUCGACAGYCUAACAAUCGUUCCUUCUUUCUCCCUUCCAACGAUGCUGUAGGUCGUGCUGGUCCAAAAACGCGUGGGGAGGGAACAGGGGUCUCUGUUUGCAAUGAAGAUACUGAAAAAGACGCACCUGGUCCGGCGACGACAGAUCGAGAGAACCCGGACGGAGCGCAAGGUGCUUUCGGCGGUCAACCACCCCUUUAUCAUGAAGCUCCACUACGCGUUCCAGAGCCCGGAAAAGCUCUACCUGGUGCUGGAUUACUGCCCCGGUGGCGAACUCUUCUUCCAUCUCUCGCGGUUUCGGAGGUUCCCGGAGCGGGUGGCCCGGUUCUACGCGGCAGAAUUACUGCUGGCCCUGGGYCACCUCCACAAGCGGGGGAUCAUCUACCGGGACCUGAAACCCGAAAACGUGCUGCUGGACGCCGACGGGCAYGUGAAACUCGGGGACUUUGGCCUGGCGAAGGCCGGRAUCCGCCACGCGUACGAGGGCGCUACGUCGAUGUGCGGGACGCCGGAGUACAUGGCCCCCGAGGUCCUGGCCCAGCAGGGCCACGGGUUUUGCGUCGACUACUGGGGCCUCGGCAUGCUGACGUACGAAAUGAUGACCGGGCUUCCGCCCUGGUACACGACCGAUCGGACGAAGCUCUUUCGGAGGCUGCGGAGCGCUCCGCUGGACAUUCCUCCUUACUUUUCUGCGCCGUCCGCCUCGUUUUCAGCAGCGCUGCUGGAACGAAACCCCCGGAGGAGGCUGGGGGUGACCGGCAUCCGCGCCGCCAUGGAGCACGAGUUUUUCAAGAGCAUCAGCUGGAGGGCCCUGUACGGUCGCCGUGUGGAGGCACCGAUCCGUCCGUGCGAGGGAUGGUCUCCGCCGGGGAGCGGCGGGGACGAAAGCCCCACCCAUGGCUCGCAGUCGCAGAACCAAACAAACGCACACGACUCAUCGUCGUCGCCCCAAACCACCACGAUCCCCACGGAUCUGGACGCCGCCACGGCGAAUUUCGACAACCAGUUCACCCGAAUGCCSGUAGAAACGGACGAAGACGGAAACGUUCACGACGACGACGACGAACUGGAAGAACUGCACGAAGACACCUUYGUUGGAUUCACCUUUGACGACACGGACCGCGACGAAAUCGAAGCGGCCCAGCUCAUGAAGCAACAGCAGCAGCAACAACAGCAAGCCAGGCUUAGAACGCACAACUACACCCGGGAAGGGCACCAGAUUGACUAGGGCUCGGGUGGACAAUCASUGGAAAGGAGGUCUUUUGGAAGUUCUACUAGCACAGCGAACGCUAAUCAUACUAGAC